AUGAAGAGAGAACCGUUGGAACCCAGGGGACCAGACAAUGAAGGGUCCGACUCUACAGAGUUAAUGAAGAGAGAACCGCUGGAACCCAGGGGACCAGACAAUGAAGGGUCCGGCUCUACAGAGUUAAUGAAGAGAGAGCCGCUGGAACCCAGGGGACCAGACAAUGAAGGGUCCGACUCUACAGAGUUAAUGAAGAGAGAACCGCUGGAACCCAGGGGACCAGACAAUGAAGGGUCCGACUCUACAGAGUUAAUGAAGAGAGAACCGCUGGAACCCAGGAUAUCAGAAAAUGAAGGGUCCGACUCUACAGAGUUAAUGAAGAGAGAGCCGCUGGAACCCAGGGGACCAGACAAUGAAGGGUCCGGCUCUACAGAGUUAGUGAAGAGAGAGCCGCUGGAACCCAGGGGACCAGACAAUGAAGGGUCCGGCUCUACAGAGUUAAUGAAGAGAGAGCCGCUGGAACCCAGGGGACCAGACAAUGAAGGGUCCGGCUCUACAGAGUUAAUGAAGAGAGAACCGCUGGAACCCAGGGGACCAGACAAUGAAGGGUCCGACUCUACAGAGUUAAUGAAGAGAGAACCGUUGGAACCCAGGGGACCAGACAAUGAAGGGUCAGACUCUACAGAGUUAAUGAAGAGAGAACCGCUGGAACCCAGGGGACCAGACAAUGAAGGGUCCGGCUCUACAGAGUUAAUGAAGAGAGAACCGCUGGAACCCAGGGGACCAGACAAUGAAGGGUCCGACUCUACAGAGUUAAUGAAGCGUCGUGAUUUUUGCGUUGCAUUCCUCUUGACAGUACAGCGGCUGCAGAAGCACAGUAAACUAGACAAAGUGCAGGAGCCGGUACUGCUGCAGGAAACAGUAACAGAGUAA